UUCACCAGUGCUGGCCUGGAGGACGCACUGGGCUCUGAUUGGCUGACGACACAGCCCACUCACGCAGAAGCCUGCUCCUCAUAGCAACAAGAGGGAAACAUCCAGGAGGGACAAAUGGGUCGAUGCUGUCUGAGACACACACACACACACACACACACACACACAGAGGCGCCGCUAGGAUUCUGGGCCCCAAGAAAAAAAAUCACAUUGGGGCCCCCCUGGGCCACAAUUCUUGGAACACACACACAAUAUAGUAACACAGCGAUGUUGUUACUUCCUGUGAUAACCACCCAAAUAUUCCAAUUGCAUUUGGUUUAUUUGCUCAAACGGAAUGAAUUUAACUUUUGUAUACGCCUCAUUCCGAAAGAAUAGUGCAAAUCCCAAUGAAUAUAUAAUGGGAUUAUCAGGGGUGGAAUAUUCCUUUCCCCAAUCCGAUUGAGGUAUCUUGUAGCCGCUCAAACGGAAAGUUGUCAGGGUGCGUUUUUCUUCUUCUGUACUUUAUUGGCGGUUGGCAAGCAGCUUUCGUGUGCAUUAGCGCCAUCUGUGGAACACAAUCUAAACCCUUCUAUACGCCAUUCAUAAGUCCAUAAGUCAAAAGAAAAUAUAUAUAUCUAUAUAAAACAUGUACCGAGUUGAAUUAUAAAAUAUUAGCAAGCUUGAAUUUGAUCAUUUCCUGGUUAAAUUUAUCAUAUCGCAUGCUCAGAUAUGAUGCAACACACGGCUCCAGACGUUCUUCAGUUUUAAAAAUGGAGGCCAGCAAUCGGCACUGGACUGAUACGGAAAGUUUGUUUUUUUAUCCAAACUAAAUUUCAAGACUGGACAAACGAAAAACUGGCAAUACGGAAUUAUUCCAACAAGUGAAAGAACAACUCGGGGGAAGUCGGCAUCACGUGAUGUUGGUGUUUACGUUUUACUGGGCAUGCCCCAUUGACUAUUCUGGUUGAUUAUUGCGACGCAUGUAGACAAGAGAUUGGAAUAUUCCUUUUCAUGUAUACCAUUGUUUCCGGAAAAUUCAUUCGGAAAGAGAAAAACUCCUCAUGUAAACAUGGCUACUGUCGAGUGUCCGUGGUGUAAUAUCGGUCCGUAAUAAAACGUGCCGUGGCUCAAAAAAGGUUGAAAAACACUGGUCUAGAUGUUCAGUUGGUUGGACAGGAGUUCUUGCACCUCUGACCCGUAGAGAGGAGGCGGGAUUUGCACACACAUGAAACAUUUAAUGGGUGUUUAUACAUGUGUACGCGUCAAAGUAUCUGAAGCUUAGUCGCAGGUGGUUGAGAUUUGUGCACUUGUACCUAAUAAAGUUGCCUGAUGUAAAGGCGUAAGAACAGCAUCCUCCAGUAGAGGGCAGUGUUGGUUCAACAUCUUCCCGCUCAGAGGAGGUAAAAGUGACAUUCGGCUGCUCGACACUCAGUCUGGACUCAAACCUUCAGCAGCUGCAGACGCUCUCUGUGUGAACUCAAUGUGGUCCGCCAUGAAGAGCAAAGUGUGCUUGGUGAUCUGGGUGUGUGCGUGUUGCAUCAUGCUUGCGUCCUGCUGGCAUGACCUCGACAACAGCGAGUACGACUGUUGGCCUCUGGAGCAACCCAAUGAGUCCAACAUGAUUAACUGCGGAGGUCUCGAAAUGGCGUGGGUGCUGCGGCCUCCGGAGACGGUAAAGAGUGGUCAGGUGUUCAACGUCAUCUACUCGGUCUCUGCCCAGGACUCCUUCUACAGCUGGGCCGCCGACAACGACGUCUUCCCUCACAGGUCCAUCGCCAACGCAGAAGAUGCUCGGAGGUUCUGUGAAUAUCACGAAUGUCCUGCAAACUGGAAAGAUGCCGACGGUGAAAACUGCUGCAUUCAUCACGCCAACAUCCACUCCUGCCCACUGGGAUACAUGACAUCAGAGAGCAUCUGUGGUCCGUGGAUUCCUGACGACGGAAAGAUCUUCACACACACCAUCUCCACAUCCGGCAAAAUGACGCAGACCAACUGGAGCGCCAAGGUGGUGCUGCUCCAUGCGGGUCUGACUUCGCUCAUCGCUCACAUCCGAGUGGGUCGCAUGCAGGUGGCACUGGAGGCCAAGAGUACCGUGCUGCCCUCUGCAGUGUGCGGCGACGGAGACUGUCAGGAGGAGGAGCUUUGUUCCACGUGUCCUGCCGACUGCGGCCAAUGCCCCAUGGCCGCGUCCACCAAACUGGCCAUCGGGCUGCCACUCAGCCUGCUGAGCCUCUGCUUUAUCCUGACCAUCAUGUGGCUGAGGUACCAGAAGCGGCGCCUGCUGUGGGACGAGAGCUGGCUCAUCGACUUUGACCUCAUUAAACAAGAUCAGGACGCACGUAUGACCAUGGGGAGCAUGAUGAGCGUGGCGGUGGCGCACAGUGACAGCAACGCCAGCUGUGUCACAACCCUCACUUCCUGUGCGGGCCAAGCAGGAAACAGGAAGACAACAUUCACCUGCACAGGCAUUUAUGACGGCAGGAUGGUGGCCAUCAAGAAGAUUAACAGCAAGUCCUUCUCUCUGUCCAAAACCAUUAGACAGGAAGUCAAGCAAGUGAGAGAGUUGGACCACCCCAACCUGUGUAAGUUCAUCGGCGGAUGCGUGGAAGUCCCAAACGUCGCUAUCGUGACCGAGUACUGCCCCAAAGGAAGCCUUAACGAUGUCCUUCUUAACGAGGAGAUCCCACUCAACUGGGGCUUCAGGUUCUCCUUUGCCACGGACGUUGCCAGAGGCAUGGCGUACCUGCACCAGCACCGCAUCUGUCACGGCCGCCUCAAGUCUGCCAACUGUGUCCUCGAUGACCGCUGGGUGUGCAAGAUCACCGAUUACGGGCUGAGGGUGUAUCGCAGAGAGGAAGGGGCGGAGCCUCUCUCCACAUAUCGCCAGAGGCUCAAGGAAGUGUACAUGCCACCUGAGUUUUCUGACGCCAACAUGGAGCCCACUUUGGCUGGAGAUGUGUUCAGAGCGGUGUGUGCGUGUUGCAGUUACUCCAUUAUCCUGCUGGAGAUCGCCACACGCAGCGACCCCGUACCGGUGGAUGAGUCCAGUCUUGAGGGUUCGUGGUGUCCGCCUCUCCCUGAGCUCAUCUCCAGCAAAUCCGACAACGCCUGUCCGUGUCCUGCCGACUACGCGGAGCUCAUCCGACGAUGCGGCGCUCACCAUCCCGCCCAGCGACCCACCUUUGAACAAAUCAGGAAGUUUGUCUACCGCAUCAACCCCAUCAAAGUCAGCCCGGUGGACAUGAUGAUGAACCUGAUGGAGAAGUACAGCAAACAUCUGGAAGUGCUGGUGGCUGAACGAACACAAGAUCUGAUGCACGAGAAGCAGAAGACCGACAGAUUGCUUUACAGUAUGCUUCCCCGCCAGGUGGCUGAUGACCUUCGUCAAGGAAAGCCAUCGCAGGCUCAGAGCUACGUCAGCGCCACCGUCUUCUUUAGUGACAUUGUGGGCUUCACACAGCUGUCCAGUAGCAGUACUCCAUACCAGGUGGUGGACUUCCUCAACAAACUCUACACCACCUUUGAUGAUAUCAUUGACAACUACGACGUCUACAAGGUGGAAACCAUCGGGGACGCUUACAUGGUGGUGUCCGGCGUCCCGCGAGAGAACGGUAUCCUUCACGCCGCCGAGAUUGCCAGCAUGGCGCUGGAUCUGGUGGGUGUGUGUCGCACCUUCAAUAUUCCUCACAAGCCCAACACGCAGCUCCAGAUUCGAGCUGGGAUCCACGCAGGUCCUGUGGUGGCGGGGGUGGUGGGCACCAAGAUGCCUCGCUACUGUCUUUUUGGCGAUACGGUCAACACUGCGUCUCGAAUGGAGUCAACCAGUCUGGCACUGAAGAUCCAGUGUAGUGUUACCGUGUUUUAUCUACUGGAGGAGAUCGGCGGCUACGUGAUGACCUGCCGAGGAACGAUGCAGGUCAAGGGAAAAGGUGAUAUGGUGACUUAUUGGCUGGACGGGAAGACAUCUGACAACAAGCCGGCUAAAAGCGUCGCUGUGGAGACGCCGAAAAAGCUCGAUUUGUCACUGCCGGGAACGCUUGACGACAGCCUCGAUUGAACCACCGCUGUUGACAUCUUGGCUGUUAGCAUGCUAACACCGUGUGCAUGCUCACACUGAAGCGCCCUUGACCAGGAUUUGAAAGUGCCAAGAUGGAUGAAAGACCGUCCCCUUCAUCAUCAUCAUCACCUUCAUGUUUUGUAAUAAUGAUAAUAAUAAUAAUCAUGAAAAUAACACUGAGUUUGUACAGUAAACAUUUUAAUUUUCCUCAUUUUAAACACUGUUUAGACGCUUUGUGUGCAUGUGUGUGCGUACCGAGAACAUGCAAAGCAGCUUUUUAAUUAAGUCUAAGUGUAUUUAAUUAAGUCUGUGUGUGUGUGUGUGUGUGUGUGUGUGUGUGUCAAGUGGGCUUUCUCUCUCCUCUAAAGCUCGCUCACCCACUCACUCAUUCUAUAAAGCAUUUCCACAUCUGAGACACAUGUGCACGAAUGCUUCAAAGCAACACUUAGCCUGUACAUGUGUGUCACGCGGUUUUAGUUACAGAAUACAUCAGAGGGCCCCCCCCAACAAAGCUCUGUGUUUCCAUGGCUUUUUCAACACUUUUACAAAAGAUAACUGUAUCAUGUGAUUUCCUGUUUGUGUUUAAUGCACACGCUAAUACACAAUACACAUCCUCACGAGCUAUAGUCCAUGCAGGAUGAUACAUUACAGUUUGUUUAGACACAAAUUAGGAUGACCUCACUACAGUUUGUUACUUAGAAUGUGAGUUGGGCUUUGGAAAAACUUUUUUUUUUAAGAGACACACAUCUCUAAGUGCAACUCCAAACAGAUAAGGGUAGCUAUUUUGAUAUUUAGCUAUUAUUUUGAUUUGUUUCUAUCAUUCUAAAGAAAUACAGUAAACCUCGGAUAUAUCGGAUUCAAUUGUUCCCACUGGUUUUGUCCGAUAUAAGCGAAAUCCGUUAUAUGCGUAUACCGGAAAAUGUCCGUUUUACGCAUAUAUCGGAUUUAUAUCCGGUAUAUGCGUAAAUCGGAUUUUAUCCGUUAUAAAAAGGCACUUCCUUGACUAUGUUUCCAAUGUACCUGGACGCGCAGGCAACGCUGCAAACGCUGCAAAUGACGUCGUAUAGCGGCCUGUCACGAUUCGGCGAAUCGGAGCGCCACGAUGCGGCCAUCCGAUAUAUGCCAGGGAAAUUUCAUGGAAAUGCAUUGGAACGGGACUGGAGAUUUUGUCCGAAAUAGGCGAAAUCCGUUAUAAAAAAUCCAAUAUAUGCAAUGAAUUUUUAUUGGAAAUGCAUUACAG